AUGCCAUUUGUAUUUCUCCAACUGUUAUCACCUAGAACGAUGGCUUGCCCAACACCUGAAAAGUUUUUCAAAGUCCUCACGUCACCGGCACUACCGGCAGGUACUUUCAAAGGUGCUCUAGCGUUGGUGACCGGAGGUGGUACAGGACUUGGUAAGGCGAUUGCCACAAUGUUCUCACAACUGGGUGCCGAUGUUGCAAUUGCUGCCAGAAGAACUGAUGUCUUGGCCGCCACAGCUGCUGAAAUUCGUUCCAAAACUGGAGGCAAGUGUGAGGGAUUCCGCAUGGACGUCAAAGAUCCAGCUAUUGUGUCACAGUCUAUUGAUGAGAUCACGAAGAAAUUCGGUAAGUUGCCCAAUAUCGUCGUUAAUAACGCAGCAGGCAACUUCAUUAUGGCAACCGAAAGGCUGUCACCAAACGCAGUAAAAGCAGUUGUCGAUAUCGUGUUGAUUGGCAGCAUGAAUGUGACAACGGAAGUAUGUAGAAGAGCAAUGAAGAUCAACCAAGGAUGCACCGUGUUGAGCAUCACGACGCCUUAUGCCAGGCACGGCGCUGCUUUCGUUGUUCCCUCCGCAAUCUCAAAAGCAGGAGUAGAAAACAUGACGAGAUCGCUGGCUUCCGAAUGGGCAAAAUAUGGCAUGAGGUUUAAUGUGAUUGCACCAGGACCCAUCAAGACAGAGGGAGCGUUUUCUCGUCUGUCAACGGCGGCACCAGAAGAUAUGGAAACGGCAAGUGCGACUACAGUUCCCGUUGGCAGAAUAGGAAAGCCGGAAGAACUUGCUAACCUUGCCGCAUACAUGUGCUCAGACUAUGCAAGUUGGCUGAACGGAGCGAUUGUCGAUUUCGAUGGUGGACAACAAUACUUGAAUCAUAAUUCUUCAUUUGGUGCACAUCUACACGAAAUG